UUAAUGUCCACGUUGACCAUUGACGACGUCUUGUCGUCGUGAUCUUCAUCCUGCCACGUUCGAUUUACCCGGUCUGGCGACCAACUUUCUCUUAUACCUACAUUCUCUGGAACCAUGUCUCAUAUCCUUCCAUAACGACCAUCCAUCCGAUAGUCCCUCGUCGACCACCCCGCCUAACGUUCUUGCCUUUUUUUUGUUGACUUCUACCAUCAUGACCGGCUCCGACCCCGUCGGCGUCGCCACAGCAGCCGCUGGCUACAAGAAACUCAAAGAAGACUUUGUUUCUAACCUUUCCGGCGGCUCGCCUGCCGAAAUAAACUAUGUCACCGCUGUAGCGCCGGUCGCUAUCCUCCUCUGGUCCGCCCUCCAGUCCCGCCAGUCCCUCUUCAAAGCCAACACCCCCUUCUCGCUGCUUGUCGACUACCUCAUCAACGUCGCCCCCAUCCUUCUCUCCGUCACGCUCUACUCCGGCACCCCACUCCUCCUCAACGCUCUCCUCCUUGCUCCCGCCCUCUUCGUCUACGCCCUUCCGCGUAAUGUCAGCGCCCCGCGGAAGAAGCUCGUCGUCCCUCCCAACAAUGUGAAGUCUCGCACGGCCACACCCGCCGGUCCGCUUGCCGCCCUUCCCCCCAAGCCGUUCCUGACAAACUACCGCGGCGGCAUGCUCGUCAUCACCACCAUCGCCAUCCUCGCCGUCGACUUCCGUCUCUUUCCUCGCCGCUUCGCCAAGGUAGAAACCUGGGGCACCUCUCUUAUGGAUUUGGGCGUCGGUUCCUUCGUGUUCUCUGCCGGUGUCAUUGCCGCCCGGCCCGUCUUGAGGGAACGAGCCAGUGGCCGUUCCGCCUCGCUCGCUACGCGCCUACGCGCCUCCCUGCGUCAUUCGCUGCCCCUCCUCGCCCUGGGCUUUGUCCGUCUCCUCAGCGUCAAGGGCCUCGACUACGCCGAGCACGUCUCCGAGUACGGCGUCCACUGGAACUUCUUCUUCACGCUGGGCCUCCUGCCGCCGUUCACGGCCGCCUUCCAAUCCGCCCUCAACAUCGUCCCCAGCUACGCCGCCCUCUCCGUCCUCCUCGGCGUGGCCUACCAGGUCCUGCUCGAGAGCACCCCCCUCAAAGCCUACGUCCUGACCGCGCCGCGCACCGAUCUCCUCUCGGCGAACCGCGAGGGCGUCUUCAGCUUCCUCGGCUACCUCGCCAUCUUCCUCGCCGGCCAGGACACGGGCAUGUACAUCCUGCCCCGCCACAUCAACCCCCGGAGAGACGCCGACCCGGCCACGCAGCGCACCACCCUCCUCAUGACCAUGGCCGUCUGGUCCGCCAUCUGGUCCGCCCUCUACUUCCUGACCACCAGCUACACCUGGGGCGACGGCCUCUCCGUCUCGCGCCGCCUCGCCAACCUGCCGUACGUCUUCUGGGUAGCCGCCUUCAACUCGGCCCACGUCCUCGCCUACUGCCUGGUCGAGACCCUCUUCUUCCCCGCAGCCUUCCACCAUACGACCGACGCCCGCGCCGAGAACGAGGCGUACGAUACCGCCACCAGCCGCGUCCUCCACGCGUAUAAUCGCAACGGGCUGGCCGUCUUCCUGCUGGCUAACCUGCUUACCGGUCUUGUCAACCUGACGGUGCCGACUUUGGAUGCUGGCCCUGUGGCGACCAUGGCUAUCCUUGUGGCCUAUACGGGGACGCUCACGGCCGUGGCGCUGGGGUUGGACGCCUAUGAUAUUUCGCUGAAGCUACACUGGCGAAUGGAUGCUCGAUCCGGGGAGUCUCAGAGGGGGGGGAGGGCCAAGUCGAAUCUUGGAAGACUUGACUACCCACUCCGUUGCAUCGCAAAAGCCUGGGCCUGGUUUGGGCUGUUUCUAUCCGGUGUAGCUGCGCCCUAUGGGUUCGAGCUUGGGGAUAGAUGCACCGGACGAGAAACGGAGACCAUGCUGCCGAUGCUCCCUAAAGUUGCCAAGUUAAUUAGACCCGCCCCGCACACCACCCUUAGCCAAGUAGGUAAGCGUCGUCCAUCGUAUCUGGUCGACCUCAUUUCCGAAGUUUAUGCUGAAGCGUUUGGUUUCAGAGGAACCUUUCGGCAUGACAUGUCCAUGGUUUUUGGAAAUCUUCCUUUCCUCAACACCAUCAUCAAUAAGUCGGACCACACCAAUCCGGCCCCCACCUAG